CACACACACACACAAAAAGGUACACUUUUUCACGCAUAAUGAGCACACACACACUGGUGCAGCUGCAGUAUGAAAAUGCAACAAAACAAACAACCAAAGCUCUCUCUCUCUUCUUUCUCUCUCUCUCUUCACGUGCCAAUCAUCGACUUAUCAUGUGACUGCCUUCACUGCUCAGCUCUUGGUGCUGCAAUCAACCCCCUUCACACACACACACACACACACACACAAACACAAACACACGCUUCGAGCUCUCUUCUUGCUCCGUCUCAUCAAGAUCAAAUUUUUAGCCUGUUUCUCGAAAACCCAUCAGCGAUUGAACCAAACAAAUACCCAGCGGCCCAAAUUCCUGCUCUUUUAAAGAGUGAGUUAGUGGUUGAAUGAGAGCACGCUCAAGAUGGGCUGUUUGCAGUCCAAAACUGCCAAUGUCCAGUCCCCUGACCAAGAACCCUCACACCCCGACUCCAAACCAGAUCUAGCAAAUGGGGACCAAGUAGAUCCAGAUCAAGUGCCUGCAUUCAAGGAAUUUGGGCUUGCUGAACUACGUGCUGCGACGAAUGGUUUUAGCAGCGAGCUUAUAGUUUCUGAGAGUGGAGAGAAAGCUCCUAAUGUUGUCUAUAGGGGUAAGAUCCGAAGCAACCACCUAGUUGCGAUCAAGCGCUUCUCAAAGCAGUCAUGGCCUGAUGCGCGGCAGUUUAUGGCGGAAGCUGCUGGAGUUGGUAAAGUUAGACACAAAAGACUGGUGAAUUUAAUCGGAUGCUGUGCUGAAGGAGAUGAACGCCUAUUAGUAGCUGAAUACAUGCCCAAUGACACGCUCUCGAAGCAUCUUUUUCAUUGGGACAAACAACCUCUGCCAUGGGAAAUGCGUGUGAGAGUUGCAUACCAUAUUGCACAAGCUCUAGAUCACUUGAAUGCUGAAAACCGAAAAAUUUAUCAUGAUUUGAAUGCUUACAGAAUUCUUUUCGAUGAGGAAGGUGACCCCAGGUUAUCUACUUUUGGUUUGAUGAAGAACAGCAGGGAUGGGAAGAGCUAUAGCACCAAUCUAGCUUACACUCCCCCUGAGUUUUUGCGCACAGGCAGGGUUAUCCCAGAAAGUGUGAUAUACAGUUAUGGAACUGUUCUUCUGGACCUCUUGAGCGGAAAGCAUAUUCCCCCUAGCCACGCCUUGGAUAUAAUAAGAGGCAAAAAUGUUUUAUUGCUGAUGGAUUCAUCCCUGGAAGGACAAUAUGCUAAUGAAGAUGCUACGACAUUGGUGGAACUUGCAUCCAAGUGUCUCCAAUACGAGGCCAAAGAUAGACCCGAUGUCAAGUUUUUGCUCACUGCUGUCACGCCCCUUCAAAAGCAGGAGGUUGCAUCGCAUGUGCUGAUGGGUCUGACAAAGACUCCUGUUGCUGUUGCUCUGCCUACCAUGCUCUCGCCUCUUGGAAAGGCUUGCGCGAGAAUGGAUCUCACUGCUGUGCACGAUAUUAUGCUCAAAACGGGCUACAAAGAUGAAGAGGGUGCUGAAAAUGAGCUCUCAUUCCAAGAAUGGACGCAACAAGUUCAAGAUAUGCUAAAUACGAAGAAAUUUGGCGAUAUAGCAUUCAGAGACAAGGAUUUCAAGGGUGCAAUCGACUACUACUCCAAGCUGGUGUCGAUGAUGUCUGUUCCGUCUGGGACAGUGUUUGUGAGGCGUGCUCUCUCGUAUUUGAUGAUAGGGCAGCCAGAGUUGGCGCUGAGGGACGCUAUGCAAGCUCAGGUUUGCUUGCCCGAGUGGCCAAUGGCCUUCUACGUGCAGGCUCUCGCCCUUUCUAAGCUCGGAAUGGAGACCGAUGCACAAGACAUGCUCAACGACGGAGCCUCCUUCGAAGCCAAGAAGCUAAAUAGUUGGCGCAACUAGUUUAUGUUAUGUCACACAAAUCCACUUGGUCUUGGCUACAUUGUCCAAAUUUGAUUUGAUAUAUUGUUCAAGAUUGGGCUAUGAAAUUCUAGUGGAGUUUACAGAGGAAAGUGUGUAAAUGAGUUUUCGAGGCCAAGUUUUUAGUGUGCAAUUUGUAUCUAGAUGUGAAAUUUUGCUACUUGUUUGGCUACAAUUAUAGUCUACAAUCUCCUAGAA